CGGAGUGCCACUUUCCAUGGAAUAUCAAAAGCAAAAUCGUUCUCUAGACUCUUCUUCUCUGUUACUUUGUUUUGUUUACUGUGAUCAAUCAUGGCCACCGCUGAACCUGAAGUUCCGGUAACUGAGCAGCCGUCGGAAGCAGCCAAGGAACAGAAGCCGGCCGAGAAGCCUGUCAAGGAGAAGAAACCGAAAGCGCCGAAGGAGAAGAAACCGAAAGUUCCGAAGGAGAAGAAACCAAGACAGCCAAAGGCUGCUGCACAUCCUCCUUAUUUCCAGAUGAUUAAGGAGUCGCUCCUCGCCCUGAACGAGAAGAGUGGUUCUAGUCCGUACGCAAUAGCCAAGUACAUGGAAGAGAAGCACAAGGCGGUGCUUCCAGCGAAUUUCAGGAAAAUUUUGGCUCUUCAGCUUAAAAACUCUGCUGCCAGAGGCAAACUGAUAAAGAUCAAGGCUUCUUACAAGCUCUCCGAGGCUGGCAAAAUGGAAAAAGCUGCUAGUAGGGUUACAAAAGCGAAAACAGAAAAGAAAUCAACACCAGAUGCGAAGCCAAAGAAAUCUGAGGCAACAAAGAAGGCAGCAAAGAAAGUUGGAGCUAAGAAGAAAUCUACUCCUGCAAAACCCAAACAGCCUAAAUCUAUAAGGUCACCUGCUGCUAAAAAAGCCAAGAAGGCCAGCGCUUAAUACCCAAAUGUAGAAAAUGCUUUUAAGUUCAUGUAACACCAGUAACUUCCUUUGUAAAUAUAGAACUUCGUUGCUUCUAGUUCUAGUAUUAUGAAGUGAAUAUGUGUUUUGAAAUGGUGUGGUUUCGUUUGAUCUUUACGAACUGCAAUGAAAAGUCGAGUUUUGUAUGAAAAUUAACGAUGAAAAUGAAAAA